AUGGCACUCGACGACAAAAUGUCGCCAUCAAUAACAACAACACCGAUGGGAUCGUUACCUACCCUCCGACGCAAACUGACCAGACUAGUCCUCACUCGUGGCAUACUCAUCACCACAGUCGUCUACGUCUUUCUACUAUCACUAAUAGUAGGGGUACAAGCCGCCCUGCCGGCAGAGUUUACAAACUCGUUUGAUGGGCUGGGAGAAGGGGGCAGCGUUGGGUUGACGUGGGAAGGGGUGAAGCCAGAGUACUUUCCCUUGAGCAUCACCGCGCAGGUGAUUGAUAAGGGAGAGGAUGGGAGCGGGAGUAAAGUUACCGUUUACAAGGUUAAUAUUACUGCCGCAGCAACAGGCAGCUCAUACGUCUGGACUAACAUGCCCCACCCCCUCCGAUGGAUCAAGUCAGGGCUGUACCAGCUCGAACUCAAGCCAUCAGCCUGGACAGAUGAUGGUGAAGCGCCCGUGUUGGCGAGGUCAUCGUUUUUCAGUGUGGGGAAUUACGUCCCGCCUGCUCCGAGUCCAAGUGAGAGUUCAUCUCCUGAACCCUCGAAAGGGGAUAAAGAGUCGUCGUCUGGCGGGGGCGGCGUGAGUAAGUCGGUUGCUAUUGGGGUGGGAGUCGCGAUUGGUGUGCCGAGCUUGGUUGGGUUGGUGGUUGUUGGCUGGUUUUUUAGACGGAGGUAUAAGAGGGCGCGGGCGGAGAAGAGGAGGUUGAAAAGGAGCGAGUUUGUAAUUUACUGAGACAACCGUUGAAUGUGAAGAGGUGUGAGUUUACUCCUGAGGGGCCGAGAAUCGUGGACCCGGGGGGAGGCGGCAUGUUAAGAGGAUGAUUGGUUCGGUGGGUUCGGAUGUUGGAUGUGUUGUUGGGUGAUGCGGAGUGGUAUGUACCUGGUGAGAAAGGGAGACGGGAAUAAGGGGGACCCUUCCGACAGGAGGUGAUGCUGACGGGAAAGCUUAUUGGGUGGUGCUGUGGGUGUUGUGCCGCAAUUCAGGGACGGCUGUGAAGGGGGGGUGACGUUGUGGGUUGUAUUAUGCGGGAUAUGGGAUGAAGGUGUUUGGGUGAUCGAUUCAGGGCUGAUUCUUCGAGAUGGGAAACACGGUCAGGUAUUGUGGUCUUGCUGUUGAACCAAGGUUGACAGGCUGAAUAUUCCCAUUUAAGGGGACUCUUGAUGAGAGAGGAAAUUCAGUCUGUUCCAAAGCAUCGAACGGCAUCUCGGCACGAUUGAUG